GACUCGACUGCGUCACGAUGCAGGUCGCGUGGCUAAAAGUGGCUGUGUGCUGCCAGCUUCUGUUUUCGACAUUUUCCAUUUCCUUGUCAUUGGAUAUGGAAAUUGAACCAAACGUUAAGUACCCGCCUGUCAACCUGGCAAGCAAAAAGCAGCACUCAAUGAAAGUAUUUCAGGACAAGCCAUCAGUGCCUUUCAAACACCACAAGCACCCUAAAUUUGUAACCAAAGAAAGCGAUCCGAAAAGUCAGCUGGUGGCGCUGAAAGUUUUCUUUGGUCUUGUGAAACAAAUAGCUGAGGAAAGCGAAACAGGGCAUCGAACUGCAAAGGUACUCAAGAAAAUAACCAAACAGCAGCUGCUACAAAACGCCAUAUCCGAAGUGUCGACGCUCGCAGAGAACGCGACGCAGGCAGAAAUCGACCAGUUUGUCAGUGACAUGGCAGAACUCGCGGCACUUUUUGCUGAUGGAGAUGUGACUGACUCUGUCACUGCACUUUCUGGAAUUGAUUUCCGGCAAUUCUGGGAUUUUGUUUCUGGAAAUCAGUUCGAAGGAAUCCUGCACGAAAUGGGCAUCGGCAUCCGAAACUUUCUGUCAACGAGUCCCCUGUACAGCAUGAUGAGACCGGCCCUUGACGUGUUGGAAGAAACAAACAUGGAGGACAUAAUACACCCUGACACCUACAACGCGUACGUUACAGGACGUCCCAGCGAAAACUCGGCGCUCAGCCAGUUCUUUACCAUCAUUUCACCCCGGAAUUUCGAGUUCCCGCCCAUGUGCAACACCUCCCGAGCGUUCACGAACGCCUUCACCGAGGGCACUUGCGUCCGGUACGCCGAUUGUUAUUUCUUCAGCGGGGAAAGUUUCGGGACAUGCGGUCUCGGAACCGGAGCCUGCUGUGUCUUCCACCAGUCAUGUGGCGCGUCAAGCGACGAGUGGAUCAGUCACUUCACCCACCCCGAGGACGCGGUCGCCGGACCAGGCUCCGGAUCGUGUCGGUUCAGUUCAACCGCGCGGCACAACAAAGUCUGCCAGUAUCGCCUUGACUUCCUCUCCUUUAACAUCGCGGGUCCAGACUUCGACUCGGUCUGCAGCCAUGACUUCCUCGAGAUCUUCGGGGGUCAGCCGAUACCAAAGCUGUGUGGAGAUCUUACAGGACAACACAUGUACGUCCACGUGGAGCGCGGCCGUGACAUACACUUGGCAAUCUAUCAGUCCAGCUCUUUCUCCAUGAUGCGCAACUGGAAUAUAAAAAUUACUCAAAUCAACUGCGAUGCAAAGGAGCGAGUGCCCGAUAACUGCCUCCAAUAUUUCAACACAACCUCUGGCAGAGUAACGAGCUUCAAUCGUCGAGGGGACCUAUCACCUAAAAGCUUGGUAAUGAACCAAGCGAGCAGCAUCGACUACGAGGUAUGUGUGGUCAAGUCUCCCGGCCACUGCGCGCUCAUAUGGGAACAAGCUGAUGAUCACGGCUUCAGCCUCACUGGCGACGGCUUAGAGUCUAAGAUAAUCACUGGAGAGAAUAACUGCAAGUCUGACUACAUUGAGGUUCCCGGUGGAGUCUUCAGAGACUCAGAGACCCUGGAACUCGUGGAGAACGACAGGUUUUGUGGCACUAAACUCCCUAAAGUUAUCACCAAUACCCUCCCGUACAAACUCCACGUGGUCACCGACAAAUCAGAAAUUGGCGACAGAAGCAACGACGGAUUUAACUUGUCGUAUCGUCAAGUCAAAUGUGUGAACUAAUUUAUGGCAAAUUUAUGAAUGAUACUCAGAACACAAAUAUUGUGGAGUCUUAGGUUCAUUCAAGUUCUUGUAAGCGUGUGGAUUUUUAUUAAAAUAAUUUAUGUAAUGUACGGCUGCAUACUGAACAGUCAGUCAAAGUUAGUGUUUCAUUGUAAUGAAUAAUGAGAGAAAAUUGAGUGCGUGAAUAUUUCAUAAAAAAAA